UCUGUGGAUGGAUACCCUGAACCACACGUCCAGCCUAUCAAGUCAAGCAGCAGACAAAACAUCCCCCGAUGCAGGAACUCCAUUACAUCCACCAAUGAAGAGCAUCCUCACAUUGGAAAUUAUCGCUUACUGAAAACUAUAGGAAAAGGAAAUUUUGCCAAAGUGAAACUGGCAAGGCAUGUGCUUACUGGAAGAGAGGUUGCUGUGAAAAUAAUAGAUAAAACCCAGCUAAAUCCUACUAGUCUGCAAAAGCUGUUUCGAGAAGUACGAAUAAUGAAGAUACUGAAUCAUCCCAAUAUUGUAAAAUUAUUUGAAGUUAUUGAAACUGAAAAGACAUUGUAUUUGGUAAUGGAAUAUGCCAGUGGGGGAGAAGUGUUUGACUACCUAGUUGCACAUGGAAGAAUGAAAGAGAAAGAAGCUCGUGCAAAAUUCAGGCAGAUUGUAUCUGCUGUUCAGUACUGUCAUCAGAAAUGCAUAGUUCAUCGUGAUCUGAAGGCAGAAAACCUUCUACUUGAUGCAGACAUGAACAUUAAAAUUGCAGACUUUGGUUUCAGUAACGAAUUUACCGUCGGUAAUAAACUGGACACGUUUUGUGGAAGCCCACCUUAUGCCGCUCCUGAACUUUUCCAAGGAAAGAAAUACGAUGGUCCUGAAGUGGAUGUGUGGAGCCUCGGGGUCAUUUUGUACACGCUAGUAAGCGGAUCGUUGCCAUUUGAUGGUCAGAAUCUAAAGGAACUGAGGGAGCGAGUACUGCGGGGGAAGUACCGCAUUCCAUUCUAUAUGUCCACAGACUGUGAAAACCUACUGAAGAAGCUGCUAGUACUGAAUCCAAUAAAACGAGGCAGCUUGGAACAAAUUAUGAAGGAUCGGUGGAUGAAUGUUGGCCAUGAAGAAGAAGAACUGAAGCCGUACACUGAGCCUGAACCUGACUUUAAUGACACCAAGAGAAUAGACAUCAUGGUCACGAUGGGCUUUUCAAGAGAAGAAAUCCAUGAAUCUUUAGUAAACCAAAAGUAUGAUGAAGUCAUGGCUACUUACCUGCUUCUAGGUAGAAAACCACCUGAAUUUGAAGGAGGUGAGUCCUUGUCCAGCAGCAACUUGGGUCAAAGGUCUCGUCCUAGCAGUGACCUCAACAACAGUUCUGUGCAGUCUCCCGCUCACCUGAAGGUCCAACGGAGUAUAUCAACUAACCAGAAACAGCGGCGGUUCAGUGAUCAUGUUGGUCCCUCAAUUCCUCCUGCUGUGUCAUACACGAAAAGGGCUCAGGCAAAUAGUGUGGAAAGCGAACAGAAAGAAGACUGGGACAAGGAUGUCUCACGCAAACUUAGCAGCACUACAGUGGGAUCCAAAGCAGAGAUGGCUGCGAGUCCACUUGUGGGUCCAGAGAGAAAGAAAUCAACUACAGUUCCCAGUAAUAAUGUAUUUUCUGGUAGUGGAAUGACAAGGAGGAACACCUACGUUUGUGAACGUUCUUCAGAUCGCUAUUCUGCAAUACAGAAUGGGAAGGACAACAGCCUAACAGAGAUGUCUGCGAGUAGCACAACUUCCGCAGGCUCUGCAGUCGCGUCUGCUAUAUCGACACGGCCUCGACAUCAGAAGUCCAUGUCUGCCUCCGGUCACCCUAUCAAAGUUACGCUGCCAACCAUCAAAGAUGGCACCGAGGCUUACCGACCAAGCAGUGCAACUCAAAGAGUGCCUGCUGCUUCCCCGUCUGCUCAUAGUAUUAGCACUACCACUCCAGACCGAACCCGCUUUCCUCGGGGGAGUUCAAGUCGAAGCACUUUCCAUGGUGAGCAGCUCAGGGAGCGGCGUAAUGCCACUUACAAUGGACCGCCCGCCUCACCAUCACAUGAAACCGGUGCUUUUGCACAUGCUAGAAGAGGGACAUCAACUGGUAUAAUAAGCAAGAUAACUUCCAAGUUUGUUCGCAGGGAUCCAAGUGAAGGCGAAGCCAGUGGCAGAACUGACACCUCAAG